AUGGCCAAAAUUAAAAGUUGGAGUGAAGAAAUGUCCAACAGCAGCUCCAUCAGCCACUUCCUCCUGCUGCCAUUGGCAGACACGCGGCAGCUGCAGCUCCUGCACUUCUGCCUCUUCCUGGCCAUCUCCCUGGCUGCCCUCCUGGCCAACAGCCUCAUCAUCAGCGCCGUAGCCUGCGGCCACCUCCGGCACAGCCCCAUGUUCUUCUUCCUGCUCAACCUCUCUGUUCUUGACAUGGGCUUCAUCUGCACCACUGUCCCCAAAGCCAUGCACAAUUCCCUCUGGAACACCAGGACCAUCUCCUACGCAGGAUGUGCUGCACAGGUUUUUCUGAUUUUCUUCUUCUUUGGAUCAGAGCUUGCGCUUCUCACCAUCAUGUGCUACGACCGCUACGUGUCCAUCUGCAAACCCCUGCACUACGGGACCCUCCUGGGCAGCAGAGCUUGUGCCCACAUGGCAGCAGCUGCCUGGGCCAGUGCCUUUCUCUACGCUGUCAUGCACACAGCCAAUACAUUUUCCCUGCCCCUGUGCCAUGGCAAUGCCCUGGGACAGUUCUUUUGUGAAGUGCCACAGCUCCUCAAGCUCUCCUGUUCACACUCCUACUUCAGGGAACUUGGGCUUCUCAUAGUUUGUGCUUUUCUGUUAUUUGGUUGUUUUGUGUUCAUUGUUUUCUCCUAUGUGCAGAUCUUCAGGGCUGUACUGAGGAUCCCCUCUGAGCAGGGACGGCACAAAGCCUUUUCCACCUGCCUCCCUCACCUGGCUGUGGUUUCCCUGUUUGUCAGUACUGCCAUGUUUGCCUACCUGAAGCCCCCCUCCAUCUCCUCCCCAUCCCUGGAUCUGGCCCUGUCAGUUCUGUACUCUGUGGUUCCUCCAGCCCUGAACCCCCUCAUCUACAGCUUGAGGAACCAGGAGCUCAGGGAUGCCCUGCGGAAAACGAUGACUGGAUACUUUUCAGAACCAAAAAAGUGUUUGUUUUCUGCUGCGUAG